AUGUUAAGACGUUCCUAUUUUCUCUUAUGCCUGCCAUUACUUUCCUCUGUGUACGGCAACAAUUUCACGGUAUCGGAUCGUGUUUGGCGGCGGAUUACUGAAAAGAACGCGGAGGAGGGAUUCACAAAUGACCGUCGAUUCCUGCGAUUGGCGAUUGACUCCGGCGGCUGCCACGGCUACGCGUAUAAAUUUUCUCUCGAGGAGAAUGACCAAUUGGAGCCGGCGGAGGAUGUUGUGGUCUCGGAAAUAGAUGCCCAUCAACUCAAUAGUAAUAAUAAUAAUAAUAAUAAUAAUAAUAAUAAGAAUGGGAAUAGGAGUGAAGGAGGAGAUCAACAAGAAUUAGAAUCACAAGGGCCUCCACCGCGUGUGGUGGUGGAUAAACACUCCGUGUCGAAAUUACAGUCUGCGGUGAUUGACUUUCACUCGGAACUGAAGGGAGCUGCUUUUGUGGUUGUGGGAAAUGAACUGGUGGAUCAGUCCUGCGCCUGUGCCAUGUCCUUCUCAUUGAAGAAGCGACCAGGAAAGUAA